AUGUUAAUAAAACUUAUUAGCUCUGCUGAGAUUCGAACCCAGGUCUACAGAUUGCCGGCGUGGUCCUCCACAGAACUAGACCAGGAAUCUGCAGACCUGGAAGAAUCGUGGGAUCUUCACAUACGUCGAAAACGUGUCAUUGAUAGAACCCUUCAUGGAAAUAGGCCUGUUGCAAUUCAUGAGGUUCCCUAUAUAGUAAAUGUGAAAGCCAAUAAGGCUACUAUUUGCGGAGGAAGUAUAUUGGCGCCAAAAAUUAUAUUGACUGCCGCCCACUGUUUUCUCUGGCAUCAACAUCCCCUUUUAUGCAAAAAAUGCUCAGAACCGAUCAUAUACACAAUUCUAUCUGGCUCAGAAGAAAGAAACGGGGGAAUUCUGCACACCAUAAAAAAGAGAAUUACACACCCAGAUUUUCAGCCACCUCUUUAUUCCAGUGACCUCGCAUUGCUUGUGAUUUUUCCACCAAUUGACUUGGUCCAUUCGCCUAAUCGAGGAAUUAGACUCUACAAUGGAUUCGUGUCGCCAAAAGAUUUUGGCAUUUUCAGUGGAUGGGGAUGUACGAAAAUGAUACCAAUCGUCUUCCCUAAUGAGUUACGAUCAGUCAAAGUGCCCGUUAUUAGCCGUGCAGAAUGUAAUUCCUACUACCAAACAAAAAUAAAAAAUUUUACAUUACCAGAAGAAGUUUUUUGUACACAUGAUAAAAAUUAUGAAAAAGCCAGUUGUGGUGGUGAUUCUGGAAAUCCUAUAGUUUUCCAUAAUCAAUUAGCUGGAGUUUUGGCCGGAAAUCACGGACCAGUGCCCGGAUAUUUUCCUGAUGUUCCAUUACAGGAUCACGUACAGGUUCCUUCGCCAAAUUCCUGUAUAGGAACCGUCAAAAUUACCUACGCAGGUUCCUUUCUAGGAAAAUGUCCAGGUUUCUCCGAGGAACCUGUACAGAAAUUUCCAACUAGGCAGAUGUUUAGAUUGGACUAG